UGUAUUUGGUCAUCAUAAUGACGUAUUAUUACAUUAUAGGUACUAUGAUUGGCUGGCGACCAGUCCAGCGUGUACCCUGCCUCUCACACAAAGUCAGCUGGGAUGGGCUCCAGCAUACCCCCGCGACCCCAGUGAGGCUAAGCCGAAUAUAAGAUGGAUAGGAGAUACACGCACUGUACUGUAUUAUAUAUAAAUAUAUCAUAUGCUAGCCUGGUUUCUGGCGCCCUCUGUCGUUCACAUGCGUCUCUACAGGCUUUGUUUGGCCCUCCUUCCUGCAUCUGGUCUCUUCCUGGUUCCUCCGAAGUGUCUCAGCACUGUUCAACAAGUCCGAGGUUGUCCCCACACUGUUGGAGCAUGGACAUGAGGGGAGGACCGUGUCCGAGACGGACAUGCACCCUUGGAGCACCUCGUCUUAAGAUAUGAGGAGCACACUGGAGCCUUUUCACGACGAGCGGGCGACGCUGAUGUAUAACUAGCUGCUAGCCCCGUAGCACGCUAACAGCUAGCUUCCCAGCGGGUUAGCUGCUAGACCCCGAACUGACCAGCUGUUAGCCACUUUGCAGGAGGCUGCCUCGCGGUUGGCAUCGGGACGAACGCGUCGAGUUUGUCUGGAGACUUUCGUUGAAGAAGUUGAGCUGACGACGAGCAUGGAAAACAACGACAAAGUGCAGAUGCGGAACCAUCCUCGCAGACAGCUGAAGAAACUGAGUGAGGACAGCCUCACCAAGCAGCCGGAGGAAGUGUUUGACAUCCUGGAGAAGCUGGGCGAAGGGUCAUACGGCUGUGUGUUCAAGGCACAUUACAAGCAGACAGGCGAGAUUGUGGCCAUCAAACAAGUCCCCGUGGAGUCUGACCUGCAGGAGAUCAUCAAGGAGAUCUCCAUCAUGCAGCAGUGCAACAGCCCACAUGUGGUGCGCUACUAUGGCAGUUACUUCAAAAACAGCGACCUGUGGAUCGUCAUGGAAUACUGCGGGGCCGGAUCCGUGUCCGAUAUCAUCCGAAUACGCAGCAAGCCGCUCACAGAGGAGGAGAUCGCCACCAUCCUGCAGUCGACUCUGAAAGGUCUGGAAUACCUUCACUUCAUGAGAAAAAUCCACAGAGAUAUAAAGGCGGGAAACAUCCUGCUCAACACAGAGGGUCAGGCCAAGCUGGCCGACUUUGGCGUCGCCGGUCAGCUGACAGACACCAUGGCCAAGAGAAACACUGUGAUCGGCACGCCUUUCUGGAUGGCUCCGGAGGUUAUCCAGGAGAUCGGCUACAAUUGCGUGGCGGACAUCUGGUCUCUGGGAAUAACAGCCAUCGAGAUGGCUGAGGGGAAGCCGCCCUACGCCGAUAUCCACCCCAUGAGGGCUAUCUUCAUGAUCCCUACAAACCCUCCCCCAACAUUCCGGAACCAUGAUCUGUGGUCACCGCAAUUCCAGGAUUUUGUUACUCAGUGUUUGGUGAAGAACCCGGAGAGCAGGGCCACCGCCACCCAGCUGCUGCAGCAUCGCUUUAUCAAGUCGGCCAAGCCCAGCACCAUCCUCAGACCACUCAUCGCCGACGCCAUGGAGAUUAAACUGAAGCGACAGGAAGAGGCCGAGCACAGAGAACAGGAUGCCGAUGAUGACGACAAUUCGGAAGAGGAUGAAGUCGACCAGGGGACCAUGGUGAGGGCGGGGCCGGGCAACUCAGGAACCAUCCGCGCGGCCGGCUCGCUGACGUGUUCGCCUGGCGGGACAUCGGGCACCAUGAUCGAACACGACGACUCUGGAACCAUGCAGUCACAGCUCGGCACCAUGGUCAUCAACUCCGAUGACGAGGAGGAAGAAGAGGACGGCACCAUGAAAAGAAGGGAUGAGAGCACGCAGCCCACCAAGCCGUCCUUCUUGGAAUACUUUGAGCAGAAGGAGAAGGAGGCUCACAGUCAGAAUGGAGAAGGAAGAGGAGGAGAUCACCCUGCAGACUACCGCAAAAUGCCCACUGAAGGAGAUCUGGAAGUGGUCAGCUCGUGGUCGGUGGAGGAGCUCCGUCAGCGCCUGGCUUCAUUGGACCCGCAGAUGGAGCAAGAGAUCGAGGAGAUCCGCCAGCGGUACCAAUCCAAGAGGAAACCCAUCCUGGACGCCAUCGAGGCCAAGAAGAGGCGGCAGCAGAACUUCUGAGAGGCGUCGUCGUCAUCUGUCUGGACGGGUGAAGACUUCUGAACUUGUCAGUGCGACCCGGGACACGGAACGGGAUCACGGUACGUAGGCGCCGCCAUGUUGUCCCCCCCUCCGCCUCACCUCAUGCACCAGAAUGUAGCACCAGCUGUUCUUACUCAUAGUUUUGAUGACGACCACCAUCUUGUGUGAGCUUUCCUCAAAGCUUUGGACCAUCAGGUGGUCAUUCCUCAGGGCAUAUGUGUAUAUUAGUUAUAAGUUAUGAAACGUGCAGCAUGUUGGCAUACUACUGCUUUCACACAACAGAUAACCUGUAACUUAAUAAGCGGAUAAAGUCUUAUAAAAGGGAAAUAAUACGGAUCACUUGAAAGCAUCAUCACUUUCAUAAGUACACUGUACUUAGUUCCUGUGUUUGACAGCGUAGCGCCAUCCCAAAAACAUUCAUGUCCUUGCAUAUUUCCCUUCAAUUAUACAAUCACGAAAAAUAAAUUUUUGACUUCUUCUGGCUUGCGUGUUCCCCCAACGCCCCCCCUCAAAUGAAGCGGUCAUUAUGCUUUGUGGCUAUUAUGCCUACCCUCUCCGUAGGCUACGUAGCCAAGAUGGCUACUAUUGAUGAUGAAGUGUCCUUCACUGCACCCUCACCAUUUCGAGUCUAGUGUGGACACUUACUAAAGCAGUGAUUUUCAACCACUGUGCCGCGGCACACUAGUGUACUUUGAGAAACCGUCUUAUCCAAUAUCACUUUUUAUAAUUAACAUUUAUUAAUCAUCAUUUGCAAAUAUUAUGUCAAUAGCCAUUAUGUCAAUAGUAUACAUGGACCCAAAUAUUCCAAUUGCAUUUGGUUUAUUUGCUCAAACGGAAAGAAUUGAACAGGGAUGGAAUAUUCCUUUAACCAAUCCGAUUGAGGUAUCUUGUACCCGCUCAAACGGAAAGUUGUCAGGGUGCGUUCUUCUUCUGCUACUGUGGAGUGUCUGUGGUGUAAAGACUGGCAGAGCAAUGUAAUAUUGGUCCGUGUGGCAACACCUACCUUGUUCCUCCGAUAGACUUAUUGAUGCACGUGUGAGGUCGUGGUGACAUUUUGUAACAUUUUUGGUUAGUGGUGUGCCACAAGAUUUUUCCAAUGUAAAAAAACGUGCCGUGGCUCAAAAAAGGUUGAAAAACACUGUACUAAAGAGCCGCCAUUUUGAAUAAUGGCAUUCUUGCUAAGUCCACAAUGACGGUAAACUGUCAAAAAUGUGCACACUCAGGAACUAAGUACACACUGUACGCUGUAUACUUAUCGAAGUGUACAGAUGGAAGGAUUGCAUUUGAGACGCUGUCAAGUCAGAAACACUGGAUUAACAUGAGCGCCACAAAUACGGACGCCACCGUGCACGAGCAAUAUGGCAACCUCGUGUUUGGAACUGGUAAACGUGAGCGAGGCGCGUUCUUGUCCGCCAUUUUGACUGCUUUGAUGCAAAGGGAAGUCCUUUCGAAAACUUGUGCUUUGCUGAGUUUGGUUGAAAUGUUGCUGCCUUAAAACUGCUGCUGAUGUUUGAUGUCUUUUAUUUGUGGAAAGAAUAAACACAAAUCUUGUUAUUUUUA